GGUUAUAUAAAGGAGCGGCGCUCGCUGUGUCCCGCGGCUUGGAUUUUGUUUUUAGAGCUGGUCGUCGAAGUCACGCAGGCUGGAGCCGCGUUGAGAGCGAGUGGAGUCGGGCACUCCCUUGUGGAACAGCUGGAAUAUCAGAGCGGCACCUUUGACCCUCUUCUCUGGGAUUAUUCCCGUUUUUUGACCCAGAGGGAUCGACAGUUUGACAAGAGCCACCAUGGUGCAGAAGACGAUCAACGGCUUUCAUCGCUCUUUUAAGGGUCACAACCCUUUUGAAGACGAGGACUUCAGUAAGAACGGCUCUCAUCAACAGGAGUCGGCGUUUAACUUUGACUGCCCCGCCAGGCCUGACAUGCCAUCAAGUCAGCCCAUUGACAUCCCCGAUGCAAAGAAAAGGAACAAGAAGAAAAAGAGAUGUCGGGCCACGGACAGUUUUUCUGGACGAUUUGAAGAUGUCUACAGACUUCAGGAAGACAUCCUGGGUGAAGGAUCCUAUGCAAGAGUUCAGACCUGCUUCAACCUGAUCACCAAUAAGGAGUAUGCCGUCAAGAUUAUCGAGAAGAGAGCUGGCCAUAGUCGCAGUCGAGUCUUUAGGGAGGUCGAGAUGCUGUACCAGUGUCAGGGGCACAGGAACAUUCUUGAGCUGGUAGAGUUCUUUGAGGAGGAAGAGAAGUUCUACUUGGUGUUUGAGAAGCUGCGAGGAGGUUCCAUCCUGACUCACAUUCACAAGAGGCGGCACUUUAACGAGAAGGAAGCCAGUAUUGUGGUCCAAGACAUUGCAAGUGCACUCAACUUCCUUCACAACAAAGGAAUGGCUCACAGGGACCUGAAGCCUGAGAACAUUCUGUGUGAGCAUGAAGACAAGGUUUCCCCCGUUAAAAUCUGUGAUUUUGACCUGGGAAGCGGAAUAAAGCUAAACAGCGACAGCUCGCCGAUAUCCACCCCAGAGCUCCUGACCCCGUGCGGCUCUGCGGAGUACAUGGCGCCGGAGGUGGUGGAGGCUUUCAACGAGGAGGCCUCCAUAUACGACAAGCGCUGCGACCUGUGGAGUCUGGGGGUCAUCCUGUACAUCAUGCUGAGCGGCUACCCGCCCUUUGUGGGCCACUGUGGCAGCGACUGCGGCUGGGACUGGGGGGAGGCCUGCCACGCCUGCCAGAGCAUGUUGUUUGAGAGCAUUCAGGAGGGCAAAUACGAAUUCCCAGACAAAGACUGGGCACACAUUUCAUUUGGAGCCAAAGAUCUCAUCUCUAAGCUGUUGGUUCGAGAUGCCAAAAAGCGACUGAGUGCUGCCCAAGUCCUGCAGCAUCCCUGGGUCCAGGGGUGUGCGCCAGACAACACCCUCCCGACGCCCAUCCUGCUGCAGAGAAACAGCAGCGCUAAAGAUCUGACCUUCUUUGCCGCCGAGGCCAUCGCUGUGAACCGCCAGCUGACGCAGCGCGAGGAGGACCAAGAGGAGAGCCGACAUCCCAUCGUCAUCAAAGCGGCCUCCUGCUCCAUGCGGCUCUCUCCGCCCUCGGAGUCCAAGCUGGCAAAGCGGCGGCAGAAGAGCAGCAUCCUGAAGGGGGCGCCCGUGACGGCGACAGAACUGCAGGAGAUGCUGGCCCCGCUGGUCAUCGUGGGGGACUGUGCCUGAAGCGGCCCACUCCAAGUCUCCGCCCAGGACCUCGGCGGGCCCCGCCCCGUGUUACGGACGGAGGGACGGGUGGUCUGCCUGCCGUCUGGGGUCGUGAAGCUCAAACUUAACGUACACACCAAAGGACGUCUGUCAUGCUGCUCUGCUCGGCUGUACCCACUGUGAAUUACUGUCCUUGAAAUAAGAAAAGUGUUUUCCGCCUGCCGGGGGGGAGGGGACACCGCAGAUAAGCUAACCCACGUGGGCAGUGCCACCUCCACCCAAUGUGGGCUUGAAUGGAAUGGGAGA